UUUAAGUUCUGAAAAUGGAGAUGGCACAACCAAUGAUGUUCCUAUUACUGUUACAAUAACUGCACUUGGAUCUUAGCAUCAACAAACCCUAAUUUAAGCUUGAUAGUAUGAUCCCAACCUUGUGUACAUUGGCUGAGAACACCCUUAUCAGAGACCUUUUAUUUUCAUCAAAUGUCAGCCCUCUCCUCUACCACUGCAUCCCAUCAACAGAUCAUCUUAACUUUGAAACUCAAUUCAUAUACGAUGACAAAGUUUUCAAUGUUGAUGAAACCAUCUGCAUACCUUAUUCUAUAUCUCAAAAGGUCAUAAGCAUUCUCUGCCAGUUUUGUCCCAAAUGGUCUCCAGAAUGGGCUUUUCUCCUUCUUGUUAACAGUGAAAUUACUGAGCUAUCCCUCUGCAAUCUUACAGACAUCCCAUUAGUGCAGCUAUCUUCUCUAUUGUACAAGAUUUUUGCAAGGUGCCAGAAAAUAACAAAAUUGAACUUUGAAAUGGUUGAGAUGACACCUGGAUUCUUCUUCCAGUGCAUACUUCCUCGAGCUGAACAAUACACAUCUGUGUCCCUAUCUGCUUGCAAGACUGUUAAAAAUGACAAUGUCACGAUGUUGUUGAAAAACUGUCCUAAUCUUGUGGAUCUCAACCUGUCUUUGUGUACGAUAUCUGAUGAGGCAUUCUCUAACGUUCACCUUCCAAGAAUUCAGUGUUGUGAUUGUGGUAACAGAAGACCCAAACUUCUCAAAUUGUCAGUUUUAAAUAUUGCUGGAUGCGUUAAGUUAACUACAAAAACAAUCAGACGAGUGGUUGAACUUUGUGGACCUUCAUUACGUUGCCUCUAUUUAAAUCAGUGCACUAAUAUCUACACGACUGCACUUUGGUACUUGUGUGGAUUAUUUAAAGGAAAAGAAGAAUUCUUUCGAAAUAAUUUUGUGUUGGAAACGCCAUUAUCUUGUUGCUGUGAUAGAGAUAUGCAUGGAAAGAGCAUUGGUUCUUGUAAGGAAUCCAGUUCUGGAACGGAUCAUGAUAAGGAAAUUACAGACGAAAGCCUAGAAGCUUCUGUUGAAGUAAUUUUAAGAGACACUACGUUACUAGAUUCAGUUGCAAAACUAUCAGUGGAGGAAUCAACGGUGUCUGAUGAAUUGCCCUUGUCUUUGACUGUUGAAGUUCUUGAUAACUUACCAGAGGGUCCUUGUUCAUCAUCAGACAACCAAAUUCCAGACUCAAUCAUAAUUCAAGUUUCUGAGGACUGUGCGACUACAAAUCCAGAAAAUACCAAUUCUGUUGAGUACACAGAAGAACAACACACCAGAGAGCAGCAAUCUGAAAACAUUGAGGAAAUAUUUCGUAGUACUCUUAAGAUGGUCGAAGAGCAAUGCGAGUUUUUAGAAGCGUUUCUGCGUCACACCACCGACGAGGGUGUUGUCACUGAACAGCCUUCAUCUUCAAAUAAUGGGUCAGAGUUUGUGGUUGAAACCUUAGAUGGUUUGGCCAGUUCUUCCCAGCAUUCAUAUCAAGAGUACACAGAUAGCUUAUUCAUGCAUUUGGACUCUAUCAAUAAAGAUGCAGAGGCUUCAAGAGCAAGCCUCAUUAAGAUAAUUGAGCAAAGUUAUGAUGAUGUGGAUGUUACUCGACAUGUUUCGUAUCAAGUUGCUGCUAAAUCAGUUAUUGUCUCUGCGAGACAGAUACUUUUGAUUCUUGAUCAGAUUGUAAGUUUGGGACGUGCUCAGGAUCAAGUUCUGAAUAGUAACUUAUGCCUGAAGGAUACCCAUGAAUCAGUUGGAGAAUUGUUGGUUAUGAUCCCCCAUUUCAGAGACAGGUUAGUUCACUAUGUGUACAUUAUAAGUCAAGUUCAACGAGAAAUUAAACGGAAUGAACUUCUAAGACUGAGACUGCUUCAUUCUCUGGAACUGGAAGCGAUCCAAAGGGAGGAACUAACAAAGAUAAGAAAUCUAAACGAGCAGUUGUCUUCAUUACAGGAGCAACACGAGGCCGUCUUCGGACGAAUGAAUCGUAUUAUUACUGGUCUCCGUCAGGAAGACGAGGGUGUUCAUCAGGACCCAAUUAAUCAUCACAUUGAAAAUAUCAAUGGGAAUGUAAUUGAAGACCCUCAAAAUGAUUCGUCUGGAGAUGAAAUAACGGAUGAUGAAGUGUACGAUGAAAACAGCCCGGAACUGGUGAGUCUACUGAAAUCAGAAGCUAAACUCUUGCUCCAGCACGCUAAGUACUCUCACUGUCCUAGUUGCUGUCCUAACGCUUAUAACCCUCAACUCGAACUGCUGGACAUCACUGAUAUCAACUAUCAGUCGGAAGAGCUGGCCAUACUGACCUUGAAGGGGUUUCUCACUGUCAACAAGGGACUUAAAUCACUCAACUUGUCCUGGAGUUGUAUUGAUAACUCAAUGAUGGAGUUUGUAGCAGCAUCGUGUCCCGAACUAACGUGUCUGAAUGUCCAGCAGUGUACUCAACUCUCUACUCCAUUUCUCGAACACUUCAGUAACCACCAACUCAUCUCGCUGGACACCCUGGGUGUGUCUUGGUUACAUGACUCUGACAUACUCUCUCUUCUGAAUCCAGCUGGGUUCAAGUUCAACCUCUCCUACCUUAACCUUGCUGAGUCCAACAUUACUGAUAUCAGCCUCUUUCACCUUGCUAGAUCAACUCAGUUGAAGAGUCUCAAUCUAAGUUGGUGUGAUGAGGUGACCGAUGUGGGAUUGUCCCGAGUGAUAACCAGUAAUUCCUCUUCGUUGCAGACACUCAUGAUAAGACAGUGUGGAAUUGGUGUUGGCACCUUGAAGGCUAUCGCAAAAUGUUCUAACCUGGUCCAACUUGACAUUUCAACUAACGUGGAGAUAUCAGAUGAGGUAUGGACUCCACUAGCAGUAGGAUUACCUCGCCUCCAAGAACUGGAUGCCAGCUGGGUCUUUGGAAUGAGAGACACUAAGCUAGCCCUGCUCUUUCAUCACUGUCACGAGUUAAGGAAGCUCACUAUUGACGGCCACAAGCAGAUUACUACAGACCUGUUUAGGAAGAUGGUUGUUACAAUGGAGAAUGGGAGAAGAGUACGAAGUGCUCAGUACGCUCCUCGCUUACAGUACAUAAGUCUGCAGUAUUGUAAUGAUAUAGAGGAUGAAGAGUUGUGGGAGAUUGUACAACUGUGUCAGGGCAGUUUGACUGUCAAGAACUACUAUGGUGAUGAUAUCGAGUACAGUUUGCCUGAUGACUGAUCAUCUGAUCCCGAAGAUAUUUGAAUUUGCGAUUCCUCCUUCACGUGAAUACUCAUCAUUUUUGGUGUCGUGGAAUUUCAUGAAUUUUUGAAUUCCUUUAGAUUUUAACAACAUUUUGGCUACAUUCAUAACAUUAUGUAUGUACAGACACUUCUUUUUUAGAUAUCGUUUAAUUUGUAGAAUAGUGCAUAUUUUCAAUUGAUUUUGAUUGGAUAAUUUGAAUGUAGUUUGGUUUAUUAUGAAGGUUUGUGAUACUUGUUAUGUACAUAAAAUUAUUUAUAUAUUUUCAACAUUCAUAAAGGCGUAAUUUUGUGAAAUAAAAUAAAAACAAUAUAGUCUGCAAUAUUUAAUAAAAAUGCUUUCUAGUGUUCUCUUGAUUU